AUGGAGACAGAAAAGAAAGAGACAGACUCGAUGGAAGAAAUGAAGUCCUCCACGGAGCAUGUGGUGGAUGAAAAAUCAAUCUCAAAUCUAGCAUCCAUGGAAAAUACAAAAAAUGAACAAAUAAAUAUAGAAGAGAAUAAUUAUAAUUAUUUUAAUUACACACAGAAUGAAACUCUUGUGAAAAAUGAACUCCAAUCAAUGCAUAAUAAAUGUACAGAGGGACCACAAAAAAAUAUUUUCAGUGAACGCAAUUUGAAAAAUGGGGACAGCGAUAGUUUGGAAAUUAAUUUACCUGACCAAGACAAGGACGAUGCGGACCACUACUACACCGACACGGAGACGAACACACAAAUGAAGAAUCAACACGACAUGCUACACAUUUUGCAGGAUGCAGAUGGAAAGUUCGGCUUGGCAGGGGCUCCCGGGAUGGGUACCCCAAUAAACAGUCAACACCCUUCGGGGGGACCUGCAUUAGCAAAUACAGGUGACGCAGCGGAGGCAUACGGGGCCGUGCUCAAGGAGGGAGACAUAAAUGAUGAUCCCACUUCGAACACAAGCAACCAUCACCACGUUGCCUCCACUCAUCAGCAAGACCACGGGGGAGUAGCAGCAGCGGAAGGAGCUGUUGGGGGGAACCCUUUUGGAGGCCCCACCCAGGGGGAUGACCAAGCAAGCAGUCACUCCCCUACCGCUAAAGACAAAACGGAAACGCAUAUAAUUCCUAACAAGGAUUUAAUCAAGGCGAAAAAAAGCAAAGACAAAAGUGCAGACGAGUAUAGAAGUAAAUAUAAGAAUAAAUUUUUGCGCCUCUUUCGACAAAAGAUUUGCUCCAAUAAAGCAAAGGACGAACAAAUGUGUAUGAAUGAGGUGGCUUGUGUUGUGGAAGGCAUGGGAGAGAAGCGCCGUGCCAGCAGCACAGAUGGAGGUAGUGCAGUAGGGCAUGCUCAGCAGAACUUGAGUGGAAGCUUCAAACAGUACAGCGGACAAAACGGGCAGGGAGGCGUCCACGAGGGAUGCACCAGUGAGACACACAUCCCGAUCCAUAUCUCCACUGCAGAAAUGCACGCAGGAGGGGACAAUCAACCGACGCCAAUCAUGUUACAAAAGAAAGAAAGUGUGACGGGAAAUGUGCAACAGAGUCACGCGUACUCCAUUAAGACAGAAGACAACCUCGUCAUGCAUUUGAAAAAUGAAAAUAUGCUAGGCGUUGAUUUGGAGGCUCAUAGGAGAAGUAUAGGCACUACGGAUGGAAUGGCUACAUGCAGAUCAGCUGGCGAACAUGCUGAGCGAAGGGAACAACGACUUUCCUGUGAGUGGCUCGAUAAAAAGGUUUACAGCUUAGAAAAAAUAAAAUCGUUCAUGUCUAACAAUACCUUUUUAAAAGAAAAAAAAUAUUUUCUUCAAAAAAAAAAAAAACAAUUAUCCAAGGAACUAAAUUUUUUUUGCCACCACUACAAUGUGCUCUUGUGUUUUUUCCUGUACAUUUUAUGUUUCGCCUUCGUUGCAGCAUCCAUAUGUUAUGACUCAUGGAAGAUACACCAAAUCGAGCUGGCCUCUGAUAGCACCGAGAAGGUAGUGCACAUUGAUAUCGGUGCAACAACCAUUAGAAGAGUAGAAAAAGUUUCAAAUAAAAAUGGAGACGUUACUCUUUCCAUCGACAAAGAACAAAAUAUGGAGUCACUAAUAAGACAUGAAAUUUGUAAACCAGUUACAAAAGAAGAAUUAGAAAAUUUUUUAAUCCUUUUAGCAUCUAAUAAUAAGCUAAAGUAUGAACAGAAUCUAAUUGAUCCCACAAAAGGGAAAGUAACAGAUGAUUUUCUCGCAGAUGCACUGAAAAAUCCUGCACAUGUAGGGCUACUAAGGGAUGACAAGCUAGUCUUAUCGAGGAAACACAUUUUUGGAUCCACCAUAUAUAAUCUCGAGUGUAAAUUUUUGAACAACAUGAACAAGGCAGGCACAUAUCACAUGAUUCUACUCUACGCAGUAUUAUUUUUUCUACUAAUACCAAUAUGCCUCCUGUUUCAUAUUCUUCUUAAUUAUAAAAAGGGGACAAAUGUAAAGCUGGUCAAGUAUAUCUCCUUCGUACUUGUUAAUUUAGCCCUCAUCACGAUGAUCUCCUCCCUGUUUUCUGUGAACCGAGCUUACAACAUCCCUUUGUGUGUCAUGCCAGAUGGAAGUUCUAACAUUUGUGAGGAUGGCACUUCCAUUCACUUAAUUCGCUCCUCCAUUAUUUUGUUAAUUUUUUCUAAUUUGUUCUUUUGUAAAUUUGUUAAUGUGGUUCGAAAGAAGAGCAGCACUCUCACGGGCUCCCUCGUCUGA